GUGACCUCUCCUCGUCCCUCCGGGGCCGGCUGCGAGACUACAGCUCCCAGCGUGCCCCGCGAGGCACGCGCCGGCCUCUGGGGGCGACAGCGAGGGGCUGACUGGCUCUUCCCGCGCGGCGCGGAGGGGCGGGGCGGGAGUGAGGAGUGCAAUAAUGCAGGUGUGCUGGCUAGUGAGGAAAGAUAAAUGCUGUCAGCGAAUCAAACUGCCACACUUAAAAACAGUAGUGAUAGGGCGUGGCCCAGAGACGGAGAUAAUAGACAAGAAGUGUUCACGGCAACAAGUUCAGCUAAAAGCGGACUGUAAUAAAGGGUAUGUCAAGAUCAAACAGAUGGGAGUUAACCCAGCCAGUGUUGACUUGGUGGAUAUUGGCAAGGAUGAAGAAGUGAAGCUGAAGCCAGGACAGGUUCUACAUCUUGUGAAUAAACUUUACCCCUAUACUAUACAAUUCUUGGAAGUCAUAGGGAUGUCUGGCGCACGAGCAGAAGGGAAGGCAAAAGCAAACAAGAGGCCAUACAUAGACUCUGGGAAUAGUAACAUGAAAAACAUGUCUGAAAAAAGUAUGAAAAUGGAGCAACCAGACUUGCAAGAUGGUAGUUCAAGCUGCAAGCCAAACAAUACCAGUAGUUCUUCCUCCUCUCCCCAUGACAGCUCUUCCAACCACAAGGAACAUUUAGGACAUUGGAGUCAAGGUCUGAAGAUCUCUAUGCAAGACCCAAAAAUGCAGGUUUACAAAGAUGAAAGGGUUGUAAGCAUUAAGGAUAAAUAUCCCAAAGCUCGUUACCACUGGCUAAUCUUACCCUGGGACUCCAUCUCCAGUCUAAAAUCAGUAACAAAAGAGCAUCUUGAAUUACUAGAACACAUGCAUGCUGUUGGGGAAAAGCUGAUCCAACAAUGCCUGGAUAAAGAUAGCUUGGAGUUCCGAUUGGGUUACCAUGCAGUUCCCAGCAUGAGUCACAUACAUCUCCAUGUAAUCAGCCAGGAUUUUGAUUCCCCUUGCCUUAAAAACAAAAAGCAUUGGAAUUCUUUUACUACAGAAUACUUCUUAAACUCUCAAGAUGUGAUAGAGAUGGUAAAGACCAAAGGAAAAGUUCUGGUUAAAGAUGGGACCUCUGAGCUCCUCAAGUUGCCCCUCAGAUGUCAUGUGUGCAAGCAACACCAGUCUACCAUCCCACAGCUAAAGGAACAUCUCAAGAAACAUUGGCCAAAGUAACUGUAAAAAUCACUCUGAAUGCUGAUCAGUCUAAGGCUAAAAACAACCCCUCAAAACUUUUUGUCAAGUUGCACAGAUUUUUGUUUUUAGCUGAAUUACAAAUUCAACACUGGAAAGGUUCCUUGCUAGUACAAACAGCAUACGACUGACACUUUUGUAACAACUUUUCAGAAGACAAAUAAAGCAGCCUCAGGUUCA